CAGCGAGACGCUGACAGCCAGGAGGAAGCGUCGCGAAACGCGACCGGCCUCGUCCUUACCACCGGUCGAUAGGGAUCUCGGCCUCGUGCCCCACCGCCCCGUCUGCCUGCCCAUCCAUCACCGGAUCAUCCGCCCCCCGCCCCACCGCAGCGCGCCGCGCGCAUCACGGGCACGAGCUCGAGCCCCAUACCCUCGCUGUUCCCCUUGCUCGCCGCGCUCCGAUCGGCGCCCCCACCCGCGCGGAGGAGAGCAGGGGGCCUCCGGGGCCCUCCCGCGCGGCGACCUCGUGGCGCUCCUGCGCGGUUGCUUCUCGUUCGGGUCGGCGGGGCGGAGGCGGCCCAAGGCCUCGCCCUUGCCCUCCCCGCCGCGCCUGACCGCCUCGGCGGCCGCGGCCGCGGCGGCAGCGGACGACGGGGCCAAGAUGAAGGGCCUCUUCAAGUCGAAGCCGCGGACGCCCGUCGACGUCGUGCGGCAGACGCGAGAGAACCUCGUCCACCUCGACCUCAACUCCGGCUCCCGGGGCGGCGACGCCAAGCGCGAGGAGAAGAUGGCAGAGCUUGGCAAAAAUAUCAGGGAAUUGAAGUCUAUUCUAUAUGGCAAUGGUGAAUCGGAGCCUGUAACAGAAGCAUGUGUGCAACUGACCCAAGAAUUCUUCAGGGAGAACACAUUACGGCUAUUAAUCAUACAUCUUCCAAAACUAAAUCUGGAGACUAGGAAAGAUGCUACUCAAGUUGUUGCAAACUUGCAAAGACAGCAAGUAUCCUCAAAGAUAGUUGCGUCUGAGUACCUUGAGUCAAAUAAGGAUCUCUUGGACAUCUUAAUUUCAGGGUAUGAAAAUAUGGACAUUGCUUUACAUUAUGGUGCUAUGUUGAGGGAAUGUAUUCGCCACCAAAGCAUUGCAAGGUAUGUUUUAGAGUCGGAACACAUGAAGAAGUUCUUUGACUAUAUACAGCUUCCAAAUUUUGACAUAGCUUCUGAUGCUUCUGCAACCUUUAAGGAAUUAUUGACAAGGCAUAAAGCAACCGUGGCUGAAUUUCUCACCAAUAAUUAUGAUUGGUUCUUUGAAGAAUUCAACACCAGGUUGCUAUCAUCGACCAACUACAUAACGAAAAGGCAAGCUAUCAAGUUGUUGGGAGAUAUGCUGCUGGAUAGGUCAAAUGCUGCAGUCAUGAUGCGCUAUGUUAGUUCCAAAGACAAUCUUAUGAUUCUGAUGAAUCUCUUAAGGGAUUCAAGUAAAAAUAUUCAAAUUGAGGCAUUUCACGUGUUCAAGCUAUUUGCUGCAAAUAAAAACAAACCGGCUGAGGUUGUGAACAUACUGGUCACUAAUAGGAGCAAGCUUCUUCGCUUUUUUGCUGGAUUCAAGAUUGACAAAGAGGACGAGCAAUUUGAAGCAGACAAGGAGCAGGUCAUUAAAGAAAUAUCGGCACUUUGAGUGUCUCAGGAUGUAAUUAGUCAUUGUGAUGAAUUUUCUUUUGUUAAGAAAGUGCAUGUGUAAUAAUAAACCUCUGUGUAUUAUUAUGUUGGACUUAGCGGAACAAUAUGAUUAUAUGACCAAGUUGGAGUUGGACUCUUCCGUGAAAAUGUGAUAAUCUCUAUAGAUUGUGGGGUUCUUCA